AUGUCAGUACCCGAUACAACAGCGGCCACAGAGAUCGCCAGUAUCCCACCAAAACACACGAAGUCUGUUCGCUUUGCAAAGAAGGUGCAAGUUAACAUUGUGAGCUUUGAGGAUGAGAGCUUGCAAGAAGCAUAUGAAGAUACCAUCCAAGAUACCCUCCAAGAUACCCCAGCAUCAGCAGCGACCCGGGGACCUGCGCAAGAACAAAAGGACGCUCCACAAACGUCACCUUGGAGCUUGAUAAAUCUCACUGGCUUUACGAUAGGACAUCUGAAUCCCAUCCAAACAGUAAAACAAAUGGAAAAACAGAAGAAGCUCGAUGAAGAGUUCAAGCAGAGCUUACCUUGGAUUCAAGAGACCCUCACCCAAUUCACGAUCGAGGUAUUGAGCACUGAAGGGAAAUCCGUCCGCCAAGGCUGCUCGUCCGAGUAUGAAGCCAUGUUCGACCACGGGAUGCGGAGUAUGUCGUUUCUUGUUAAGAAUAGUCGGCAAGAGAAAUGCUCUCUGCUUGGAAUCAUGUUGCAUUAUGCGAAGAGGAUCAUAGUGUUGGAUGCAUCUAACUUCAAGGAAGUAGAGAUCCUGAACGAUGAGCUGGACUUUGCUGAGAUGCUGAGUGUGACGGGGCUCAAGAUGAAGCCGCCGAACCAUGGCAAAAGCAUGAGUAAGCCGGAUCUGGAUCUGAUGAAGAAGAGCUGGAAGAAGGCUGAAACUCAGUGGUGGUCAAUGGAGGAUUGGGAGGACCAGAAAGCGGCGAAGGCAGCAUCUGUUUCGCAGAACGAAGAAUCAAUGUAA